GUACAAGGUCGCAUGCCCGCACAAAUUCGACCUGAUCUCCUUCAGCUUGUUAUUAGCACGCCACCCUGUUCCUCAUCGUAACCAUUCACGUCAAACGCUACAACCGCUCAAAUCCAAGGCAAGGGUCUAGACUUGCCACCAGUGUCCAUACCAAUCUUUACUGUACCUACCCAGCUCUCCCGGGCAAGCGCAUACAAUGGCACCCUCGACUUUCGCUUCUGCUGCCGCUGGCAACAACCACAAUGCACCAUCUUCACGUGACAGCACUGCGGAAUGGGGCCGUCGAACGAAUGGCGCCACGCAAACAUUUCGCAGAACGUCUGGCGCGGUGCCAACCAACAGUGCAAGUGCAAUGGCAAAUGCGCAGUCAGAUGGCACCGCGCCUUCCCAGCCCGCACCCCGCUAUGUCCCCCCCCACCGAAACGGCACACUCAGUGAUAUGCGCUAUUCGAAGGAUCAGCUCUUGGAGGUGUUCAAAUCGCAGCAAAGCACAGAUGGUGGACUUUCGGAUGGCCUGCCAAGCUUGUAUGCGCUUGGGUGGCAGCCGGACAUGGCGAAUGGAGCGUCAACGACAAACUGGGCCAGGAACGAUCAUAGCAGGGAGGCACAACACGGUCCCGACGUAUGUUGGGAGAGAGACGGCAUGGUGGAGCCUCUUGGGCUGAUUGACAUGGAUGAUGAUGAGCGAGAGCUCUUCACGACCUCCGUUAAUACGCCGCUAAAGACGUCCAGCGCCCCCGCAAGGGACAACCAGCAAACAAAUGGCUUGCCGGGCCGUAAAUUUUCUGUCUCUGGAACCUCGGCCACUCCCGGCGGCCUGGGACAGCCUUCUCCCUCUGCAGCGCGGGGUUUCGGCCGUCAUCGGGAUACCAGCGACUCUUUUCAGUUCCCGUCCAACCCGCUCAGCUCUCCUCCCGCUAACCGGGACGAUCAACGUGCGCCAUCACCUCCUCCGUCUCUCCAGCGUAGAAGGACUGAUUUGCGGGAUUCCGGCAAAACCGAAGACGCUGGCCGAGAUGGCGAUGACAAGUCGUCCCUCGCACCAUUCGGCUCGCUCAAGCGCACAACCACAGGACCGCUGAGCGCAGGUCUUGGCGGUGCUUCGCAGCAUUGGGCCACAAGCCCACAGAGUGCUGGUUUGCCACCGAUGGGUUCUUUCGGUAACUUCGGGCUCGGUGGACAGCAAACCGCAUCUGGAGACAAGCGUGCUAGUAUCGGCAGCGGUAGGCUGGAAAGCCGCUUUAAGAAUCUGCUAAGCAAGGACGGCAGUGAAGACAUGCCUUCACCCACCGUGCAGCGCAAAGGUAGCGUCUCAAGCCUCUCGCGAGUGAAUGAGAAUGAGUCUUGGAGACCGCAGAUGGAGGCUGGCCUUAUUCUUCCUGAGUCUGAAGAAGAGCUGUCUUCUGGAAGCGCAGCGCUACCUGCUGGAAUAGAGCUCAAUAUACCUCCUCAACUACGGCAAGGCUUGACCGGCCUCGGUAGCCCAAGGAGAUCCAACACGAUGGAAGAUUCCGGGUUUGGUGCCUUUGGCAUGACUGCCGAUACCUCCCAUGGGUUUGGGCAGGGCUUUUACCAAGGGAGAGACGCUUUCCACCAGACUCCUUCAGCGCAGCGGAUGGGGGCCGGAGGUCAUCCUAACGAGCCUAUGAGCCCAACCGACACUAACCCAUACCGCUCGCCCGAGCAGCAUGCCGUCGACCAGCUGCUCGAGGAUCCGGAGAUGGAUGAGACUGAUGACGCUAAUGCCUCACUGCCUGGCCUUGGCGCAUUUGGUCAGGACGCGUCUUCGCAGCUAGGAGGCUUGGGUGGUCUGGGGUCUAUGCAUGCUCUCGGGCGCGCACCGGGCGCACAGGCCCCGGCUAGUGAUCGGAGCGACUCCACGAGUGGUGCAGCUGGCCGUGGCUUUGCGGGUCUCGGAGGCCUGGGUCAGUUUGGAGCGUUACCUGGCUCCGGCGCAUGGCCUUCGAAUCAGGCUGGUUUCGGCACACCCAGCAGGCAGGCGGCUGGACUGUCGAGUGCAUUUGGUGGCGGUAUAUUUGCCACAGCUCCUGGUGAAUUGCAAUCGCCGGGAUUGGCGGGCCUAGGCGGAUCGAGUCUACUGAGUUCCAGGAGCGGUGGUGGUUUCGGUGGCGCAGGCAGUGGUAGCAAGAUGGCGAGUAUGUUUCCAUCUGCGAUGCAGGAACAGAUGCGACAGAGUGAACAGCGGGCGGAUGGACAAGACUUGAGCACUGAACAAUCUGGAAACCCCGGAUCGUACGGUGGGCUUGCCGCUCUUCAAGGCGGUCCCGCUAACCACAUUCAACCCGAACAGCACGUGGACGCAUUACAAGUGCAGCUUGGUGUACCAGGCCAGCAGUUGCAUCAAAGCCAGGAUCCUCCCACUAUUCCACCACAGCUCGAGCAGCAGAUCGAGCAAAUUGGUCCACCUCCUGCCAGCGCUGCUUCGAACCAGCCUCCACCGCAGCAACAGCGGACCAUGGUGAUGCCGGACAGGAUGCGCUGGAUCUACCGUGACCCGCAAGGCCAGACGCAAGGCCCUUGGUCAGGCCUGGAAAUGCACGAUUGGUACAAAGCUGGCUUCUUUUCUCCCGAGCUUCUCGUGAAGAAGUACGAAGACACCGAUUACGAACCUCUCGCGCAGCUCAUCCGCCGCAUCGGUAAUUCGCGCGAACCCUUCCUUGUCCCGCAGAUUGGCAUCCCACACGGUCCAGCUUCUAACAAUGGACCGACGUCGUGGGCGGGUACCAGCAACCCUACCUCUGCCGGCGGCGCACAGCCUCCGUUCGCGUCUAGCUUUCCCAGCUUCGGCACCACCUUAACCGCGGAUCAGCAAAACGCGCUGGAGCGUAGGAAGCAGGAGGAGCAGUACCUAAUGGCACGACAGAAGGAGUACCUCGCUCAGGCGCAGAUGACGCAGCGCAUGCAGGUGCCAUCCAGCGCUACCGCCGCUCACCAAAGUCUGGGCCCGACCGGACAGCUGCAUCAUCACAGCAGCGCGCAGAGCUUACACUCGCAGCCGAGUUUCAGCUCGAUGACGAGUCCGAAUACCUUUCAGCCAAGUCCGAUACAAGGACCUGCUGGUGGCGGACAGCACGUACCGGGCUUCUUCGACAACUCCUUUCGGUCCCCUCAAGCCAGCGGAUUGAGUGCGGUGGGUGCCGGUGUCGACUCGCUUGGUCAUAUCCGCGAGGAACAGAUUCCGGGUACUAUGGACCGGUUGAGUAUUGGAAACCGUCCCGCGGGCAACCAAUUUAGUGCAAUUGGUGAACCUUUUGCGACGACGCAACAGCAGCACCCGAGUCAGCAAUCUGGCUUAGAUCAGCAUACACAGCAAGUGCAGCAGAUGCUCCAAGAUCGGGCGAGAUUGCAGCAAGAACAAGCGCAGCAUGAGGCUACAAUGCAGCAGCGGCCGGACGAGCUGGCUUUGCCAAACGAUCGUCUGCAGCAAUUCCAACAGUUGCAGAGUCCGACUGCUCUAGAUACUCGGUUCCAAGCUGCCAUCACCAGGCCGGCGCCUACGGCUGAGCAGCAGGCCUCGCUUAUACAACCAGCCGGUGGGCACACAGUGGACUACCAACAACAACUACGACUGCCUCAGGAGCCAAUGUCUUUGACCGAGCAAGUCGAGGCGGCCGUCUCUGCGCAGCAGUCGCCCGUCCCUCCACAAUCUGGUCUCCCUCAGCCCUUCCCACCUGCUCCAUCGCAGUCACCUCUGCCUGCACCAGCUGCGCAGCGCACCGGUAGAACGAGCGUCGCGGACCAGCUGCAAACGGAGUCCCGCGACCUCUCGCAGACGCCAUCGGUGGAGACGCCGAGCGCUGCGAUGGCGCCUUGGGCGAGCGCGGAAGCAACUAGGGGUCCUUCCCUGCGUGAGAUUCAAGAGGCUGAGGCGAAGAAGGCCGCUGAAGUAGAAGCCAUAGCAGCAGCCGCUCGACGCGCGGCCUUUGAGAAGGAGCUAGAGGCUCAGGCGCUUGCUGCCGCUGCUGUGCCUCAGCCUGGCUUACCGGUGGGCGCAAGUUGGGGUGCCAGUGCCGGGUCGCCGGCUACGCCUGGGUCCACUGCGGCUGCUGGUACGCCUGCGGCGUGGGCAAAAGCGGCCCAGAAGCCUUCCAGCACUUCGACGAAAACGAUGGCGCAGAUCCAGAAGGAAGAGGAGGCCCGAAAGCGAAAACUUGCUGCCGCAGUCGCAAGCGCGCAGGCAAUGAGCGGCAUCCCGAGUCCUGCAGGCGGGAAGAGCUACGCUAACCUUGCUGGCAAAGUUACUGCAGCUCCGCCAUUGAACGUGAACGUGGGUGGUACUACUGGGGCGUGGCAGACGGUUGGAGCGGGCGGUAAGCCUAAGACGCCUGCUGCUCCUGCGACUGCGACCCGCAGUGUGAGUCAGGGCGUAACAGCGCAGGUUAGGAAGGCGCCGAGUCGCUCCUCCACGCUGAACAGCGCGAGCGCGAGUGCGGUGGUAACUGCGCAAGAGGAGUUCAGAAAGUGGGCGGUGGGUGAGCUGCGGCCGGAUCUGAACAAGGGCAUAUCGGCUGAGGACUUCGUCGCCACCCUCGCCGAGCUCGGCACGGACAAAGAUAUGAUCACCGAAGCCGUGCAUGGGGCCUCCAAUACCAUCGACUCGAGACACUUCGCUGAGGAGUUCUUGAGACGGAAGAAGUUAGCUGACAAGGGGAUGAUGGACCUGCCGCCGAAGAGCGCGAGUCCGCAUGGUGGGAGUAUGAAUGGAAGUGGUGCAGGAGGGUGGAGUGAGGUGGCGAAGAAGGGCCCGGGAAGGCAGGAAAGUGGUGGGGUUGGCGCUGGUGUGGGCGGGGAGAGCAAUGGGAGUUUCAAGGUUGUGGCGGCCAAGAAGAAGAGCGGAAAGAGAUGAGAGCGGCUGCUGUGAAAGCCAUGUGUAGUGAAACCUAUGUGGGUUCGGUUCGACAGGCACUACUUGUGAGGUGGGAAGUGUGCGAGUAACAUCAAGUGUCAAAGCCUUUGUGAAGUGUUGUACCAUUCCGAGCAUAACAGACAUUGCAGUCAACCUCUACGCUGCCUUGCCGCGCUUCUCAGAACGCCCGCAGCUUGUACGCCG